AUGCAGCCAUGCAAAGUUCUCAAAGAGAAGAGCUGCCGGUUAGUAAGGUCGUGUAAAGUGCAUGCACAUAUCGUCGUCCAUACCAACCUCCAUAGGUAUGCUAUGGUUCAACGUAAGCACCAUGACAGCGUGCCUUUUUUAGAUAUGGUUGAAGCACGGGUGGAAAGUGCAAACCUAUCGUCUGUGGAAGGACAAGUCGCAGGUCCGCCUGGGCCGCCUGGUCCACCUGGACCACCGGGAUCACCCGGAGAAUUGGGACCACCAGGAAAGAAUGGGGAAAGAGGACUAACAGGACCAGCUGGACCGCCAGGAAAAUCAGGAGAGAAUGGGGAAAAAGGAGAACAAGGAGAGGCAGGACCCCCAGGGCCACCGGGCCCUCCAGGACCUCCAGGAGAAAAAGGAGAAAAGGGAGAAGCCGGACCGCCAGGACCACUGGCAGAGCCAGGAGAUGGAAAUGGGGGGUCUACUGGUUUACAAGGACCACCAGGACCACCAGGCCCUCCAGGACCUCCAGGAGAGAAAGGAGACAGGGGAGAAGCCGGACCGCCAGGACCACCGGGAGAGCCAGGUGAAGGGAAUCAAGGGAAUGCUUUGCGAGGGCCACCAGGACCACCUGGACCACCGGGACCACCAGGACGCAUUAUCAUUGUGCAAGUACCGUCACCACUACUGCCACCACCACGGCCGCCACCACACCCGCCUUGUGGACGAAGACCAUGGUUGUAUGGCUGGCGUGGAGGCCCUCAUUACAUUGAAUGUUUCAGUGAAAGCGGCUAUACCACAGACGGACCAUGGUGA